AACAGCUCUGAACCACGUGACGUUCAAGGGCGACGCUCACAAACAUGGCGGCCUCCAUAAGAAACAUGAAUCUGACAAUAUGCAGAAUUGUCAGAGUUUUCAGCCAAACCAGGCACUUGGCAAACAUCGUAACAGCGGUACAGACUGACCCUAGGUCUGAUGAUCAGAAGUCGACUGGUCUAAUUGAGUCUACAGAAGAGUAUGCAUUUGUUGAGAGGUUAAUUCCUUCCUCUCGUGUUCCUAAACCUCCUAAACAUGAUGGUCCUACUCCUUCUGGCUGGACUCCACCAUCAGAGGUUCCUCCUGACUUGCCAUACAUGAUCCGGCGCUCUCGCAUGCAUAACGUACCAGUCUACACAGACAUCAAACACGGGAGUCAAAAGUCUACAGUUGUGCGUAAGGUGGAAGGUGACAUUUGGGCACUCGAGAAGGAUAUGAAAGACUACCUGAUGGAGGUUACUGGAAGAGUUCUACCUACACAAGUAAAUGAAGUGACCGGGAGCAUUAGAGUGAAGGGCCAUUUUGAUAAAGAACUUAAGGAAUGGUUGCUAAGCAAAGGUUUUUAAUUCCACCAUGCAAUGGUAAAAUGAUAAAUUAUUCUAAAAAUUCUAUGGUGGAAUUACCGUCAGGACACACAAGACUCAGUCAUUUGUCUACAUUCAAUACAUAAUUGCAUUGUUUCAUCCUCUGCAAUCACCUUUUUUAUGUUUAAGAUUGUAUAUAGAACCAUAUUUACUAUUUUUUUUUUUUUUUUGGGGGGGGGCUGUUGUCGUUGAUACAAGACUUUGUAUAUGGUCCUGCAAAAAAAUAAAUAGCUGUUAAUCAUU